AUGCACUUUUGUCUCGGCUUUGAGUGUAUUGUGGUAACAUAAACUGCUUGUGUUUUUACGCAUCAAUCUGUUCAAUCGAUCCACGAGCGCGUUACAGACAGAGUCGCUUGUUUUUCCACCGUUUCCUAAAUGCAGUACAGAUCGAGUGUGUCCAGUAGAUGUUCUCUGUUCCCACAGAAAAGUCCCCCUGGAGGACACCACCGGGCAAAACCUGCAUUGCCUCGCCUGGGUAAGUCUACAGAAGGUUUCAAUGUGGACUCUGGCUUUGAGACGUCUGAGUUUGACUUCAUCGAUUUUGCCGAGGAUGUCUUCAAUUGCACAGACCCGCAUCCUCCGCAGUUGAUUGCAGAAGCGGCCGCUCUUUUUGGACUUGUGGCCGGAACAGCUAAUCGUAAGCAUGUGAGUGCCGCUCAUAACCGUUACAAACUAGUAGAAAUACCCAGACGAAGUUUGAACCCGUUCCAUACUGGCAGAUAUCAGCGUCGUAGGAAUCGAAGUCGAGUGUCUUUCGACUUUGACCCAUCGUCCCACGACCCAGUUGAUGACUUGCAGCAGCAGCAGCAGCAGUCGAGCGUGGACCAUCGCCGACAGCAGUCGCAUCAUCUGGCAUCACCCGCAACGCAACAGCAGCAACCGCAACCGCAAUCUUUGAGCACGUUUGCACCAGUGGCCAAAUCGAGCACAUUGCCAUCAGCCCCGUCAGCUCGUCAGAUGAACUGGAACAGAAGUGAUGCAGCCAAGGCCUUACUGGUCGAAGUAAAGGCCAUUGAACUGCUUAAAUCGCCCAAUGUGUUGGUAUUGCGUUUUCCCGAUCCGGAACUAAACAAGGAAAUCGUUCAAGGCUAUUCGACCAGUAUCGAGAACGUUAUCUUUCAUCGACCUUCAACACCGCGAUACUGUUUGGUGCACUUGCAGCCGGAUGCUGAUGUGGACCGAGUGAUUCAGCAGCUAUCAAAGAUAUCCUUCGGCGCUGGGAAUCUUUCCGUUGAACGGAAGACGAAGAAUGUUGAACCGAAGCCAACGUUGAAACCGGAGGAAAUCGAUCCGCAGACGCUGUUCAUUGGAAAUCUACCGAAUGCUGUGACCGUUUACACUGUGAAGCAAAUGUUUCCAACGGCGAGACGUAUCGAUAUAGGUCACGCGCAGCGUAUGAAGCACACACGGUACGCCUUCAUCCGGUUCCACAAUGUCAAUGAUUCUAUCGCAGCAUUUAAAGCAAAUUUUAACAAGGUUAUCGACGGAAAGAAUAUUAUUGUGCGCUUCCGGCGCCAUAAUGCGCCAAUUGCUAUGCCCGAGGAUACGAAUACUCCUAAAACGCCCAAGAGGCAGAAAGGAUUGGGACAGUUAUUUGUCUCGGUAGAGCAGAAACCCGCACGCAAUUUUCGCACUGAUCAGCAACAACAUAAGCUGGAGAUUCACCAUUCUGAUACUUUGAAUACCAUCAGAACGGAUAUUUUGGAUGAUGAUAUCGUCAAGGAUGAGAUGGGUCUCCGGCCUAGGGUUAAAAGUGAACCACCAGACAUUCCGGAACAUGAUUUUGAAGAGGAAGAAUCGGACGAUAUUGAAGAUUUUCUGGAGGAUGACGAAGCUGAAGAUUUGAAUUUAGACGAAAUAAAUGCCGACGAAAAUUAUUGCGAAGAUGAAGAUACCGAUGUGGACGCCAUUGAUAAAAACUAUUGGACUCUGGAGCAACUGCGCAGCAAGGCCAGCAACGAUGGAACGACUUCAGUUUCCGAAUCGAUAAAAAGUGACAUGUUCAUGGAGCCAGAGUCUGCCACCAAAACCAGUUGUUCCACUACUUUCACGACGAAGCCAAAGGACAAUAAACCGUCAACAUUUAUUGUCAGUAAGAGGCGAGACGAUCAGCUGCAGGAUUUAUUUAGCUGCCUGGAGCCUGAUGAUGAUUUGUCGCUCUAAAUGAUUUCGUUAUGCGCAAUGCAUUAAAUAUAUGAUGAUCUCAAUGUUAACGUUCUACUAAAACAUAGCUGCAUCACUUAGAAUAGGUUUGAAACGUGCACUUUAAUUGCAAUCAGUGAUUAUCUAGAGAGACUGCUUCGCUAUCAAUAAGUAUUAUGCUGUCGCUAUCGAGUAGAAUCAUGCCAAAUUUUCGAGACGAAUCCCUAUGAAUAAAAAUUAAUAUUUAAAAGUGAAUAUUUGUUUGCCAAUUAAUAGUUUAUUUAUAUAUUCCAAACGAGUAUUCCAAUAUGCGUUAUAAAUUAUUCUGAACCAAUCAA